GCCGGUCGGCCGGCAGCGCCCCGCCGCGGGCACGGGAAGCCGGGGCCGGGCUCUACGCAAGGCCGGGGCGGCGCGGGGCCUGCGGGCUCUGCGGCUGCCGCCGGAGCUGGAAGGCGGAGCGUUGCCGGGACUUGCUUCGCCGAUGGGAAGCCGUGCGAGCAGCGUCUCUGCGUGGCCCUCCGUGUGUAGCACCGUGGAGGCCUGGAGCAUGUAAACGGAGGUGGUGCCUGUGAUGUUCCGAUGCGAGUGACUCUGGUACGUGGCUGAAGUUUGGCAAGAUGAACCCGGCUGUCCUCCUUUCUCGCAUCUAAGCAAAACUGGGAAUUCCCAUUUAGCCUUCCCCAAUGAGCCCUGGGGCGGCCCUACCGAGGUCAGCAUGUGGAGGCUGGCGGCUCGUGUCCUGCUGGGGACCAAAGUCCACCCUGUGCCCAGAGCCCGGCGUCUGCUUGCUGGGGCUGCAGCAGACCUGCAGUGGGGGACAGCGCGUGGGACCCACACGGGUGACAUGAGCGCGGGGAUACGGAAAGUGGAGGCUCCGGAUGCGGAGCACCUCGUCCGCGUGCAGUGGGAGGAUGGAAGCGAGAGCCGCUACCCCUGCGUCUGGCUGCGGGACAACUGCCAGUGCCCUCACUGCUUCCUGCACUCCGCCAAAGCCCGCAAACUGCUCUUCGAGGACCUGGAUGUCGACAUCGUGGCCAAGGAGGUCACUCUGACGGACAGGAAAAAGAUAUCUAUUACAUGGCCCGAUGAGCACACAAGCGAAUAUGAAGCUGAGUGGCUGAAAAAACGAUGCUUCUCUGAAGCGGCCAGAGCACAAAUGCGAGAAGAUUUAUUUUUACCAGACCAUCAGUACUGGGGCUCAGACCUACAGCUUCCCAAAAUGCCUUUUGAAGAAGUCAUGUACGAUGAUGAGAGUGCAUACAAGUGGCUGUGCACCCUGAAGAAGAUGGGAAUUGUGCUGCUAACAGGGGCUGCUCCAAGGCAGGGAGAGUUGGUGAAGCUUGGCCACAGGAUUGGUUUCCUGCGUCUCACUUUUUAUGGGCCGACUUGGCAAGUGCAGGACAAAGUAGAUGCCAACAACGUGGCUUACACGACGGGGAAGCUUUGCUUUCACACUGACUACCCUGUUCUGCAGCAUCCACCUGGGGUUCAGCUUCUCCACUGUAUUAAGCAAACAGCCACAGGAGGUGAGAGUGAAAUUGUGGAUGGAUUUCAUGUCGCCAACAAGCUGAAGGACCAAAAUCCUCAGGCGUAUCAGAUCCUGUCCUCUACUGCUGUAGACUACACGGACGUCGGGGUCGACUACUGUGAUUUUGCCGUGCAGGGUAAACAACGGAUCAUAGACGUGGAUUACGGAGGCCAACCAGUUCGCAUCAAUUUCAAUAAUGCAACAAGAGACACGGUGUUUGACGUACCGGCUGAAGAAGUGCGGCCAUUUUAUGCAGCUCUAAAGGAAUUCAAUGAUUUAUUAAACAGCACAGAACAUAAGUUCACUUACAAGCUGAAACCAGGAGACGUAGUAACAUUUGAUAACUGGCGCGUGCUGCACGGCCGCCAGAGCUACCAGUCGGGCUCUGAAGUGAUCCGUCACCUCGAGGGAGCCUACGCUGACUGGGAUGUGGUCAUGUCAAGGCUCCGGCUCCUCCGAAAGAGGGUCCUCAAUAGAGACUGAGCAUCCUGCUGACCGGAACGAGCAAAACUAGAUUGCCUAGCCUCAAAAAAAAAAAUGAGAGGAAAAAGCAAUGUAUUUUAACUUGAGAAACUAACAUAGCGAAUAUCUGAAUCUAUUAGUGAGUUCCAUUAGAUGCUAAGAAAUCUGUUGCUCAGCACAACGUACGAUCCGUCUCUGGUCUGGUAAUUUACAAGUGAAUCGCUACCUCAGUGAGAUUAAAGCCGUUUUUCACGCAGUUUUUAAAAAGCAAAUAAAGGCUGUCAACUUGUGGGGCUGACUGGGUAUCAGGCUGCCCUGUUUCGCCUUCACAAAUACACCUGCCUCCCUAGGAAGCUUGAAGGGAUGUCAAGAAAGAGUUCAGAAGCACUCCUUACUAAGGGUUUGUUACAAAAUGCACCUCCCACUGUUUUCAAAAAGGGGUCCUUUAUUGCUCAAAUCAGUACCAAAUUCAUUACCAAAAUAAGCAACUUCUCCUUUGGAGUUAUUUUUCUAGAGAGACCUUUUUAAAUAGAAUCACACUUCAACGCAAUUCAUUCAGCAAGUGCUGUAUUCUGUAUGUUUGUUGUACUUGCGAUUGUCACGGCCACAAGGAAAUUCCACUACAGGGCUCUCAGAGAAUGCAUUGAGUUAUUUUUCCUCUGCACCAGGAGUAGAAAAAUCUGAGUGUAGAGGUCACAGGCAGGGCCAGGAUCACACCAGAUGUCGUGCACAGAUAAAAAUCAAGACCUUCAGGGCAGAGGGACUUCUAAGUAAAGCUUGGAGCAGGAAUGCUGCUUCCACUUCACAGCUUGGAAUAAGAACGCUCAGGAGGCGGCUGCUGACUCAGCACCUGACAGGCGAGUGGCAACUGCACUCAGGUCCGGUUCUGUUACACCAAACUCAAGAGCAUACCUUCGGCAGAGGUGGUCUGCAGGAUCACGGAAUCAUAGAACGGCUUGGGUUGGAAGGGACUUCUAGGAUCAUCAAGUUCCAAUCCUCCUGCCACAGGCAGAGCUGCCAGUCUACUGAUCGAGUACUAGAUCAGACUGCCCAGGGCCCAUCCAAGCUGGCCUGAAACACCUCCAGGGACAGUUAUUUCCCUCUCGGUAGCAUUCCAACUAGACAUCGCAUCAUGCAAAGAUCACUGCCACUGAAGUAGUACGCAGCACGUAAGCUACAGCUCUGCGCCGCUGGAUUUUCCCCCACGUUCAGACAUCAAACUGAAAGGGAAAGGUUUAAAAUACGUACUUCCGUACCCAACUAUGUCCACACCCAACAAUACAUCCACUGAGUUGAUUCUUUACCGUCCUUCCCGCUGCGGAGUUAAAAGGAUGCUGAGAGCCCGGCACAACCAGCACACCUCCACUACCAGAUGUGCUCCAUUCAGCGCCUGGGGGUUUGGAGCCAGUCCUCCUUAGUAAAUAGUGAAAUGCUUUUGUCGAGUUUUGAAGUGACAGUAACGUGAUGCAUAACAAAAUGGGCUUUUAGCAGGUUUCCCAGUGCGUCCUUUAAUAAUUAACUAUGGAAAGAAGAGGAAAAUAUUUGUUGUCCUUGCUAUGAAAAGGGGGGAAGGUUUAUACCUACACUCUGUGAAACACCAGCAAUACUGUGCUUUAACUGUGAUAUUUUGCUUAGAACCAUUUAGUGAGAAUUUCAAUUUAUAACUUUUCAGCAAGACAUCUUGAGAUUAAUAAAGAUGAUUAAGAGGAAAGAGAUUUUCUGCUUUUAUUCUGUACAUUUCUAAAGCCUGUUUUAUUCAAAUAUCUGAUUAUUAAAAGCUAUCACAGAACUGA